CACCGUUGUGGUAAGAACGGACAUAUUGUAUCUGAGUGUGAGCACAAUAAUGUGGUUUGUUUCAACUGUAAAGAAGAAGGGCACAUUGGUAGCCAGUGUCUGAAGCCGAAGAAGGCUCAGUCUAGUGGUAAAGUGUUUACUUUGGUGGAGGAUCAGACAGCUUCCGAGGACACACUUAUUAGAGGUACAUGUUUCAUUAAUAGUACUCCUUUAAUUACUAUUAUUGAUACUGGUGCUACGCAUUGUUUUAUUUCUGCUGAUUAUGUUGAAAGAUUGGGUCUUGUGUUGUCUUCUUUGAGUGGAGAAAUGGUCGUCGAUAAUCCAGCCAAGGGAUCGGUGACUACUUCUUUUGUGUGUGCUAAGUGUCCCUUGUCGAUCUUCGACAGAGACUUUGUUUUUGAUUUGGUUUGUUUGCCGUUAAGAGGUUUGGAUGUGAUUCUUGGUAUGAACUGGUUAGAGCAUAAUUGUGUUCAUAUUAAUUGUUAUGACAAGUCGGUGAAGUUUUCUACUCCUGAAGAAGAGGAAGAUGGUUUGUUGUCUGCUAGACAGUUGAGAAAGUUGAUGCAAGAGGAAGCACAAAUGUUUUCAUUGAUGGUGUCUUUAUCUGUAGGGACUCAAGCUAUAAUUGAGGAAUUGCAUGUGGUGUGUGAAUUUCCUAAAGUUGUCCCUGAUGAAAUUUCUGAUGUACCGCCAGAGAGGGAAGUUGAAUUUGCAAUUGAUCUUGUACCUGGUACCAGACCUGUGUCUAUGGCACCAUACAUGAUGUCUGCAUCUGAAUUGUCAGAGUUGAAGAAGCAAUUGGAAUAG